CUUUCAGCCUCCAGACACAACUGCAGGCUCCGAGGAUGCGUCCGCGAGAUAGAUUUGUUGCUUGUCGAACAGAUAAAGCUCCCUUUGCAAGUGGUGACAGGUUAACGUACUUGGUAUGGGAAUCACGUCUGAUUUUAACACAAUAUGGCUGGUAAAUAAAACCUGAUUGCUAACAGACCCGGUGCUGCUGUUGGCAUUUUCGAGCUCUAGGCUACCUUUGCAGUUCUGCAUCUUCACCUGCCGCAGAAACUCUGAUUCACCCUUCAACCAGUGCACCAGGACUCCUCUAUUUUUCUGUGGGGCAGUAGUAGAAAUUGCUGUUAAUGUGCCUUUGACCUCUGCUUGCAUGCCUCUGGGCACUUCUUAUCAGUAUUUGAACAGCUGGCUCUAAUAAUACCAUCUUUAUGUAGAGCACAUCCUAAGUCAGAGGGAUAGCACACAGGACAGACUUUUUGCCGCUAUGCUGUGGUUUUAACAUGUGAAUGGUUCAGAAAUUUGAGCCUUGACGUGAAGACAUUGACAAUAAGAUCUGCAGAGAGUGUGUGCUUCAGCCCCAGUAGCAGUGUUAAAAAAAAAAAAAAAAGCAAACCUUGACUAAAGAUCAAAAUCAAGAGACAAAAUGGCCAUCAACUGGAAGACCUGCUUCUUCGCUCUCAUAUUGCUUCCCAUGGUUGCAGCAACACAUUCCAACUGCAUCAUUAAAAAGGAGCAAGAAACCUGUCUGGAGAAGAUACGGAGGGCAGCUGCCCUGAGUCCUCUUAAUGACUCUUCUCCAGGUUGCCCAGGAAUGUGGGACAAUAUUACAUGCUGGAAACCUGCAAGUGUGGGUGAAAUUGUCUUUGUCAAGUGUCCUGCAUUGUUCAGAUUUAUCAUCUCUGAAGAUGGUUGGGAAGUAGAUAACUUGGGGCAAGCUCACGCAGGUGAUUAUGACCUGCUGGAAAGCACAGCCCAGUCUCCCCUAGGGGACAUCAGCAGAAAUUGCACUGAAGAUGGUUGGUCUGAACCUUUUCCUCAUUAUUAUGAUGCCUGCGGCUUUGAUGAAAAUGAAACGGAGUCUGACAACCAGGAUUACUACUAUCUGUCUGUGAAGGCUCUGUACACGGUUGGAUACAGCACUUCUCUUGUUUCCCUCACCACCGCCAUGGUUAUCCUGUGUCGUUUCAGGAAGCUUCACUGCACUCGAAAUUUUAUCCACAUGAACCUCUUUGUUUCAUUCAUCCUACGUGCGAUAUCUGUAUUCAUUAAAGAUGGGGUUCUUUAUGCUGAACAAGAUGGCAACCACUGUUUCAUCUCAACCGUGGAAUGCAAAGCGGUGAUGGUGUUUUUUCACUACUGUGUCAUGUCCAACUAUUUCUGGCUUUUCAUUGAGGGAUUGUACCUUUUCACUUUGUUGGUAGAAACCUUUUUCCCAGAGAGGAGAUAUUUCUACUGGUACACUAUUAUUGGCUGGGGCACCCCAACAAUUUGUGUCACUGUCUGGGCAGUGCUGAGACUUCACUUUGAUGAUACUGGCUGCUGGGACAUGAAUGACAACACUGCCUUGUGGUGGGUGAUCAAGGGUCCUGUGGUUGGAUCAAUCAUGAUAAACUUUGUGCUUUUUAUUGGCAUAAUUGUGAUACUUGUGCAGAAACUCCAGUCACCUGACAUUGGAGGCAAUGAAUCCAGCAUUUACUUCACCCUCCCUCUUCCUCCCAGAUGCAGCUGCAGUCCAUGCACAGGACACAUGCGCAGCUGCGUUCAGAAAUGCUACUGUAAGCCUAAGAGGGCUAACCAGCACUCUUGCAAGAUGUCAGAACUAUCAACCAUUACCCUGAGACUGGCUCGCUCUACGCUACUGCUUAUCCCCUUGUUUGGAAUUCACUACACGGUGUUUGCUUUUUCUCCUGAAAAUGUCAGUAAGCGGGAGAGACUAGUGUUUGAAUUGGGACUGGGAUCUUUCCAGGGUUUUGUUGUUGCUGUUCUCUAUUGUUUCUUGAAUGGGGAGUUUCUCCCUAAAGGUGCAAUCAGAAAUAAAGAGAAAAUGGAGGAGCUGGAAAGUCAACCGGUAUUUUGCUGUGGAUUUCAAACAUCGUCAUCCUUCUCUAGCGAGCAGCGGAGUGAACGGGGGGACACAACUCUCCAUUCUGAGCAAGAGCAGCUCUCAGAUUCGGAUGUCCAGCAUAAAUGCGGAGAAUCUAGCGACAUGAGCAGCUAAGGAAAACAAAUCAAUAAACAAGCAAACCAAAAACCACCCCUUUAAAAAGAAAACAAAUAAACAUAGUUUUGCUGGUGGUAUAGGUUUCCUUUCCUUUCCUUUCCUUUCCUUUCCUUUCCUUUCCUUUUCCUUUCCUUUCCUUUCCUUUCCUUUUCCUUUCCUUUCCUUCCUUUCCUUUCCUUUCCUUUCCUUUCCUUUCCUUUCCUUUCCUUUCCUAUCCUUUCCUUUCCUUUCCUUUCCUUUUCCUUCCCUUCCCUUCAUUUUUCCUUCCCUUUUUCCUUUCCUUUCCUCCAAAACGUCUUUGAUGGUUGUAGAGGUGAAAAAGUAAAGGAAGUGUAUAUAUAUAUCUUUUUAAAAAUCACUGUAAAUACACAACUGUACUCAAGGCCAUUGAUGGAAAAUAUUUAAAAGUUAAAAAUAGGCCAAGCCCACCUGCUCAAUGAUUUACAUUUCAGAGCAUCUGCAAGUAAUCUGUUGUCAGUCAAAAGUAACAAGUAAUUGCUGUGCAGUUGUGAUUCUUGGUUGCCAAACCGAUACUAAUCUGUGAAUGGACAUGAACACUGUAAUUUUUCAAUUUGGUUUUCAUUUUGUUUUGUUUUGGAUUUAUUUUUUUUCAUACUAGUCAAGUGUAUCUUAUCCUGUCCCUAUCUUUUGGCAUGUGAAUUUCCAGAGUUUCUUUUUUGAGUCUUAGGAUGGAGCUAACAUGGGUUGAUCAUACCAGCAGGUUCAGGAAGAACUCCAGGAGAUUAACUUCAUGGUUGGAUUUAGUCAGAUGUACCCAGUGGACUUAAAGAAAAUGCUGUGCCAAUGUGAAGCUGCAUAGCUAUCAUCAGUCAGUUGGGGGACUCCAGGCAAUAGAGAUGGGAUCAGCUGUCUUUUGCCAUACCCAGGGACACACUUCUGAGAAUGCUUUAUGUUCUAGCUAAGCUGUGAAUUUUCUAAAAGGGCCAUGUAGUUAAGAUAUAUCUAUAUUUUUGGCAUUGAUUGAUUGGGAGUUGAUUGAUUGAUGGGAUUCUUUGAAUAAUAGAAAUAACUGUCUCCUCCUUCCCACCUUAAAAGCAAAAGUCAGUUCCAAGAUGGUGUUUCCCUCCAGAUAACCUUGAACCUCCUGCACCUGCGCCCAAACACAGCAUGUUUUGGGGUAGUGCUGUCAUAUACAAUGUGGUGCCUUUGCAACCUGGUUGACUUCUGUGUAUUAUGACUCUUCCCUGCCAGAGCAAGAGGCACAAGAGAGAUCUGGCAUGAUCGCCUUGGAAAGUAAAAGUCAUCUGCAUUUGGUGAGCAACCAAACUGAACAAUAAGAUGCUAUAGAAGGAAAAGAUAAAGACUUUGGAUGACUUCCCACACCUGGUGUUUUUCUCUCUCUUUGGAUAGUCCAUUUGAUUAAAUACUGAUGUUCUUACUGGUUUUGUUUGGUUGGUUGGUUUUGGUUUGGUUUGUUUUGGUUUUGGUGUUGUGUCUUUUUUUGUUUGUUUGUUUUUUGGUUUUUUGAAAGAAACUAAAACAUUCUUUCCAACUUUGCCUUGUAGUUAAAGCCACGACUGGUACACAUCUACUUCAGUCAAAUGUCAAUGAUGUCAAUUUUUAAAAGUCUUUAUACAUAAAGGCUUUGAUGACCAUACUAGCUCUCACUUCAUUUUGGAUUUAUGAACUGAUAUACAUAUAUAUAUCUAAAAAUAUAUAUAUAUGUGUGUGUAUGUGUGUGCAUAUAUUAAAAAAAAAUAUGAAAAUGACAUUCUAAAUGUGAAGCUAUGAACUGAAACUAAUAGUAACCAGGAAAUUUAAAAUUCAGGCUUGUUCUUUGUUGUUAGUUGACUUGAUCAUAAAUUUAUAAAAAAAAAAAAAAAAAGGAAAAGGAAAAGUGAAUGAUUCAGAAUUUUAGUGUCAGCCGAGCUUUUAAUUUCACUGGUUUUUGUUAGUUUAGGAAAAAAAAUGUCAUUUUAGGUAUAAAUUUUUUAAAUAACACUAGUUUCCUUAUUUUUAAAAGGAAAAAGGGUCAGAAAGUUGUGAAAGAAGUAUUAAUUGUAAUACUUAACUUUUACGUAGUGCUUUAUGGGACAUACUCUGCUCUCAGUUGUAGCAGUGUAAAUGAAUGUAAAAAUCACUCUAAACAGAGAGAAAUGUUAAGAUUGACUUCAUAUCAUACAGGAUCAUGCUCAUAUGAGACACUUAUGCCCCAGUCAGGUUAAAUCUACCCUUGUACAGAGGACCAGCAAAAAGGUUUAUAUCACUUAAAUUAUACUACAGUACCUUAAAUGGGGGUUACAUGAUCCAGACACCUUGUCUGCAAGUCUUCAGCACUGGUUUACUGCUCUGAGAGCAGAAUUUGUCCCCCUCUUCCAGACUCUGCAAAAAUCACUGAAGUAUUUUUAACUGAUAGAUUAGAAUUUCUUAUCUCACUAGAUGUUGGUAAAAGCUAUUUUAUAAAGUUUUCCGAGGAACCAUACUAUUUGCAGACCAGAAAGACAGAGGGAGAUGAGGAAAGUCAGAUCUAUCAGGUAAAUGAAUACUUAAACUUUUUUUUUUAAAUGAAAUUAUCUAAUAUUAGAUGAACAGAUAUCAUUUAGUUUUGUAUUUUCUGUAGUAUGGGCUUUCACAAGGUAUUAUAUUGACAAUACUGUAAGUGUAUUAUUAAAAAAAUCUAAAAGUAUAUUUUGCAUGAAUAGCUGGUAGCCAAUUUUCAAGCAUUAAUAAAUUAGAACCUUUGGGGGGGAAAAAAAAAAAAGUGUUGAUUAACUGCCUCUGGUUGAAGACUUUAUGCCAUGUUUCAAUCCAGAGCAAGAAGAUGUUUGGAUCUUUUUUUUGGUCAAGGCUUUUUCUAAGUUUACUUUCAGAUUCUGUUGUUUUCCUAGCUGUCUUACAGUGCUCUGCAAUUUGAGUUGGUGGAUCUUUUUCCAGUGCCUCAUGGUCAAGUGUCCACAACACCUAAACUACCCUCCAGUCAUGCCCUGUAGAGACCAGGUCCUCAGCUGUGUUAGAAUUGAUACAGAAAACCAUUGUUAUUGUUAGAACAAAGCCACUUCGCUUUGGUUCUGGAUUUGUGCCUCAGCGCAGUAUUAUUAAUACUAUUUUUUAGGCAUUCUCAGCAAGAGAGGCUAAGGACUAAAUAGUCAUGAAGACAUGGACUUGCCCCUUAUACUCCAGAGACAAUGCUCUGGAGCAAGGCAAGUUGGAGGGCAUUGAAGGGGAAAUUUCUGCUUGUGCAGUCCAUGUGUUUACUGUUCAAUGGACAAAUUGAAGUCUACAGUACCUUUCACCAGCACUGAAUUUACUAGAAGAAACGGUAUAUCUCUACAUAUCUAACAUAUGUUAUAUUACACAAGCAACCCCUUCUAUUAUUUUUUUUUAUUGUGAGUGCUGACACACUUGCAAAGUUGUUGUGUUUUUUUUUUGGUUGUUUUGUUUUUUGUUUUUUGUUUUUUUUUUUUUCCUUAGUCAUUCUGACUUUCUCAGUGUUACUGGAAAGAUCAGAUUUCAGGUGUAUAUGGUAAACUAAAACAGAUUCUGAUGCCAUCGCACAAAUUACUGUCUCACAAAUCUUUAUGUUGAAUGUAAGCUGAAGAUACUGGACAUGCAUGGCCACCACUCACAGUGGCUGUCAUUUCUAUUUGUUUCAGGAUGGAAGAAACCAAAAAAUGGUUUGCUUCUAGGUGUGUGUAAAUAUCAAUUCAGUGUAAUAGUGCUUUGUUUGAUUUUUCACUGUGAAAUAUAUUUUGGAGCUAGAAAGACUAUGUUAUUAAAACUAUGUAAUUAAAAGGAAAACAAAAGUGUGCAGUGCUCCUUGAGCCAUCUUUUCUACCAUGUCCAUAAUGUAUUUCUAGUCUAAUUUUCUUAGUUUUUUUUUUGUAAGUGUUCAAAAACCUACUGUACUGCAUCUUUUGUGAAUAUUUACUGUACCUAACCACUGUUUUAUUAUUGACUUUUUGAUGUGGACUAUUGGUAUGACAGAACUAUUAACAUUGCCAAAUGAAAACUAAGAUAUAUAUUUCAGAAGGACAAGGGUUGUUUCAUUGUUGCCUGGUGACCUCAAACGUUUUUACCUUCACCUGUAUUGUGUUCAGUUGUGUGUGUUUUCAUUUUGUAGAAGAAAUAUGCCCAGGUUGCUCUGCUUCAUUUAAGUACUUAUAUUUGAAAACCAGGUGUUAAAAUGGGAUGAUGGGGGAAGGGAGAGAGAUGAGAACAGUUAAACUGAAAGUUAAAUUCAGACACUUUGUUUGGUAUCCUGUUCCACCUUUUCAGCAGCUGUUCAUCAUUACAACAAAAAGAACCAAGUAUGGCAACCACAAGGCUAACACAAAUGAAGGAAAGAGAUUGAGUACAGCAGGAAAAUUAAACAGAAGUGACAUGCCAAGCAGCUUGCAAAAGAAAAUUAACAAUAAAAAAAAGCUAAUAGAAAAAAUUCUAGUUCUUUAAAGUGUACAAAUGAAAUUUAGUUUUUGAGCACUUUCAUUUUCAGUCAAAUAUAAAGCCAGACACUUUCUCAAUCUUCUCCUUUUGUAGUUUCAGUUACAAUUUUGUAAGAGGAGCUGCAUUUCUGCUAUUUCCAGAAGGGUAGGAAACUCAUUCAGACAAGAUAUUGCAUGAAAUCACCAUUUAAUGGGCAAAAAUAUACUAAUUGUGUCAGUUUGUUAGGUUCACGCAUCUGACUGCUACUAAAUCCUGGCUGACUUCAAAGUUCAAAGCUUGGCCUGUGAACCAUGCAGGUACCUAAAUUUAUAUUAUCAUUCCAGACCAGCCCUGCCAGAAAUUAGGUAUAGAAAUUAAAGAGAGUGCAGGAAAGAGAAAAUAAUUCUAUAGUGACUUUAAUAAACAGUGGCAAUGAAAGAAAUGCAAAAAUAUAAUUUAUUAAAACAAACAAACAAAAAAACAUUCAUUUAAUUGGCUUUGUUUACCUUCUUGGUUUAAAUUAUUUUUCAGUAGUGCUUCAGAGAUAAUUGUUUAUGUCAGUGUUUUUUAACCUGUGGUCAGUGGAGACUUCAGAGCCCAUAAACUGUUUAUGAAGUGUCCAUGGAAGAUAAUUAAGGAAACUAAAUUAAUACAUUGUAUAUAACUAUAAAUGUGUGCAAGGUUUCUGAAGGGCUUUUGUUUUGUGUGGUCUCCCACAGACCCCAAAAAAAAAAAAAAAGUUGAAAAACAGCUGCAAAAAGCUGCUGGUGAGUUAUUAUUAUGUAUUUAUUAUUAUGUAUUUUCCCAGGACAAUCUUCUUGUCUGUAUUAGUUUCUCAGCGUUCUGUACA